AUGACAAGCCCCCCACCCCCCACCCCAAGCUCCCCGACUCCCUCCCUGCUCCAACCCCCCGCGCAGCCCCAAACUCCACACUCCCGGGCAAUCCCCGCUAACAUCCUCUCCGUCUCUCUCUGUCUCUCAAACGUACUCACGCGGUUCCCGGGCUCCGGGUCCGAGCGGAGGGGAGGCAAAAGUAAAACCCAAGGGUCCUGUGCAUCGGGAGGUGUCCAGCGCGGGAGACAAAGGCUAGACGAGGGAAAGGCACCAGGCGGGCGCCCCCAUCGCGCCGCUUCCAACGGACCCGCGGCGCUGCUGCGUGGAGAGCAAAGCAGCCAGCUCCCCCUCCGGGAGUGCAAGGCAGCGCCGCCGGGCCCCUCCGCCCCUCAGGCCCCGGGCCUCCGGGCCCCCGCCAGCGCCCGGCUCAUCCGUGGGGUAGGACUGGGCUGGGCCGGCUGCGCGGAGGAGGAGGAGGAGGGGGCGGCAGAGCCCGCCCGGGCAGAGCAGUCGCGGCAGAGCCGGGGCCACCCCCCGCCUUUCUUUUCCCUCCCAAUUUGGGCAGCAGCCGCGAGCGCGCCCGCCGCCCGCCCGGGGGGCUGGGGGACAAAGCGGGAGGGGACGGCGCGUCCAGCUCCGGGCUCUGCGAAGAAGCCGGGCCCAGCUCCCUCCUCCGCCGCUCCUCAGAGGCCCCUCCGGGCCCCCAGUACCCCCCCCGCCGCCCGUUUUCCGCCCCCCCCCCCCCCCGGCCCCCCCCCAGUUUUCGGCCCCUCCCCGCCCCGGGCCCCCCCCACUUCUGGUUCCUCCCCUUUCUUGGACCCCCCGCCCAAGUCCUCAGUUCUUCCUCUUCCCCGGCCCCCAGCUCUCGGGUCCCCUUUCCCCAAGGGGCCCCCAUUUCUCCCCAGCCCCUUCCCCGCCCCUCAGCCGCCCCCACCCCUGCCCCCUGGGUCCCUGGCCUCCUCCCUUCCCUGUCCCUCGGCUUUCAGGCCCCCUCUCGCCCCCCGGGGUCCCCCAGUUCUUAGUUCCUCCCUCCUCCUGGGCCCCUCCCUCUUAGGCCCGCCUCUACCUGACCCCCCUCCAGGACCCCUCUUCCUCCCCAAGACCCUCGGUUCCAGAGCUCCUCUCCUCCCCGAUCCCUCAGUGUCCCCUCGUCGGGAGCCUCCAGUCCCAACCCCCCCCCAGGACCCCGCGCUCUUCCCCUUUAAGGAUUCCCUUCGCCAGGUUCACCAAGCCCCUAGUUCAGGACACCCCAUCUCCCCCUUGAGGGACCCCUCAGUCCGCUCUCAGGACACCCCAUCUCUCCCUUUAAGAACUCCCCGUGCUUUCGCAGGACACCCCCACAUCCCCUUCAAGGACCCCCACCCUUCCCUGGCUCAGACACCCCCACGUUCCCUUCUAGGACCCCCAGUCCUCUCAAGACACCCCAUCUCUGCCUCCAAGAACACCCUCUCUUCAGGGACCCCUUGCCGUCAUCCCCCUCCCAAUGUCCCCUGGCAGCCCCCCGCCCCCCAAGCCCUCCAGAGUCCCCUUCCCCCACAGUCCGCCUCCCCGCCCUUCCCCCCCCACUCACCCGGCCCGGGGCCCCUCGGAGCCCCCGCCUCCUCCUCUUCCUCCUCCUCCUCCUCCUCCUCCGGGCCCCCGGCCCGUCCUGCCGCCGCCGGCCGCCUCAUGUGCACCUCAUGGUCCCACCGCCGUCCCUCCCCUGCCAGGGGUGGUUGCCUCCUCUGCCGUAAGGGGUCUUCGGGGCGCGGCCCGUGCCCGCCACUCCAGCCUCCGAGCCCCUGCCGGCUGCACCCGCCGCCGCCUCCUCCGGACCCGCCAAGGCGCCUGCGCACUGGGGGCCGGGCGGGGGCGCUGGAGGGGGGGGGUCCUGCCCGCGGAGUAGCGGGGAAGCAGGACCCAGCGCCUCGGAGCCGGUGGGGCGUGUGCCCCAGCCUUGGGGGCACGCCCCUUCCACACACCCAGCACACAUUCCUGGGGAGAGGUGGGGGGAGGGGUGCCAGGAGCCAGAAGUCCCUCGUGGGCUUCCUGAGGGUCCUAGCCAAGUGUUGUGCGAGUCGAAAGCUGCGCCUUCUGGGGGGCUCCAAAGCAGAAGGGGUCUUCCAGUUUCUGUCCCAAACUCUGCACUAG